CUCUUGCGUCUUCGUUCUGCUCAUUUGUCUUCCCAAAAUGGCAUCCCCAAAGCUCUUGACUGGCUUGCUGAUCGCCUUCCUGUCUUUUCCGUUUACUCAUGCUGGGCUAUGCAAGCCUAAGUCCUCUCAUUUUGUAUCUAUUUCCACUACUGUCGCUUCCGAGACGGCCUCCGGAGUCCUCAGUAGCAGCAUUGCAACAUCCACGGCUUCUUCCACUGAGGUCCUUAUCACUUCUACCGAGGAAUCGGCAACACUUUCUCUCAGCAUAUCUAUCUCGACUGCUACCAUCCAAAACGCAGAUACUACCACUACCUCAGAGACAACUGUGACGACCGAUUUCUCCUCAACCACUGGCUCUGAAACUUCAACAACCGCUGAAUCACCUGGCGCUUGCAGUACAUUAGGCCCGUUGCUCGAUCAGCGUUCUGUGACACCAUCAGACUUCCAGCUCGGAUUGGAGACUUGCGAUGGCUCAUAUGCAGGGGAUUACAGGGUGAGCGGCAGUGGUAAUGCUGGAGUGUAUCCUUGGAAAGCCAUCCAAGGCUCAGGAGAUGUGGCUACCCUCCAGAGUGAUGGUCAAUUAUCCUACAUCUCAGAACUUUAUGUUGCUGCUCAGGAACCUGGUUCGGAUGUCGUAUCUAUCAUAUCAAAGCUUGACUCGGAUAGGGCCAGCUGGACAAGGCUCACCUGUCAGGCAAUAACUGCUUCCAACAGCCUUAAGACUUACUUGACAUGCUUCGGGGAUGGGCCUCAGAACUCCAUCUUCCAGGUCUGCCAACCGAGCCUUAGUGAACUGCCAGGCGUGUUGAUCUCCUCAGCCGUCUCAGCGGGAUGCAUUCAAGCAAGGCUUGUUGUCCUCGAACAAAGCUGA